AUGAGCAUGGCCGUGGUGUCCUCGUCGCCGCUUAGCCAGAGGGCGAGCGCGCUGCGGCGUGCGAAAGCAACGUGCCUGACGUCCAGGACGGCGCCCCGACGCACCGCACAGCCGCGCCAGCGCGGUCACCGCGCGCGCGCCUUCGAAGAGAGCCUCCCAAGCAGCCGUGCGGCCGGUGCGGCGGUCGACGACGACGAGGGCGACGGCGACGACUUCUACUCCAUCCUCGAGGUCUCCCCGACGGCGACGAGCGUGCAAAUCAGGCGCGCGUACUACAGGGCGAUGAAGCAGUGCCACCCGGACCGCACGGCGUCCUCGCUGGCGUCCCUCUCGUCGCUGUCCUCGGAUGGCGACGACGCCUUCGCGGACGAGAGCGACUUCAACGGCCUCGCGGCGCUCCUGAACGAGAUCUACGCGACGCUCAUGGACGACCACAAGCGCGCCAUGUACGAUCUGAUGAUGGGGUACAACAGCCACUCGGUCAAUCCGUUCCAUGACUCGUCGUACGAGCUCGACCAGGUCUUCGUCGACGAGCAGACGUGCAUUGGGUGCCGCGCGUGCGCGGGGGUGUGUCCGUCGACCUUCGCGAUGGAGGAGGAGUGGGGCCGCGCGCGCGUCGCCGCGCAGAACAACGACCCCGAAGACGUCGUGCAGGAGGCCAUGGACACGUGCCCCGUGAACUGUAUCCACUGGGUUUCCGCGCCGAUGCUCGUCCUCCUCGAAGACCAGAUGCGCCAGAUGGACCGCAUUGGCGUCAUGCUGCUGAUGCGCGGGGCGGGCCGCAAGUCCGGCGCGGACGUCUUCCGGCUCGCCAGCUACCACUGGGAGCGCAGGGCCGCCGCGGCGCGCGAGCGCGCGGAGCGGGACGUCGGGGGGCGCGCGCGCGCGCGCUGGGAGGCGGCGGUGGGCGUGAACACGUUCCGGUCCGCGGAGCGCGCGGAGGAGGCGGCGGAGCGCGGCGCGGCGCCGACGCCGCGCGCGGCGAAGGAGCUCGCGUCGACGGCGGCGCGCGCCGCACGCGUGUGGCGGGAGUACUGCCGGAGCCGGGACCGCCGCGGCGCGUACAGCCGCGGGCUGAGGAUCGCUGAGAGCAGCAGCAUGUCGUCCACCGACGACGCGAGACUGUGA